CCCUUUUCCAACGGUCGUAUUCUUCAUAUCAUCUCUUUCUCUAGCAACCUGAUUGACUGAUUCCCCUAAUUCUUAACCCUAAAUUCUGGAAAACAUCGUUCCAGAAAUCAGACAAUUUGAAUUCCAAACAAAAAGAACACCAGGAGUUAGAACGUUUUGAUGGGCAUGGACGGACCGACUUUCAGAAAAGCGGAUUCUUUAUCGAGCACUACUGCACUCCCCCUGCUGUCCCCUCCCGGAGCAGGAAAUACAAAUGAGAAUUUGAGGAACCGCUUGAAACCACAUACUAAGCAUUUCAUGUCAUCUACCAUAUCUGCAACUUCUAAGAGUGCUAUCAAGAAAAAGAACAUUUUGGGUGAAAGGAAUGAAGCAGACUCUUCUUAUACUCCUUCCAGGAAAUCCCCAAGUAAUACACCCAACACUAAUGUCAUACAAAAAUCUUCAUUAGCUAAUUCGUCCCAAAAUUGCACCCCUGAGCUGAAUGAUGAUUCAUCUUCAAAUAUGUAUGACCCUAUAACGAAUUACCUCUCCCCCCGGCCUAAGUAUUUGCGCUACAAACCGAAUAGGCGUCGUGAGCUCUUUCUUGAACUUGAAAAUAAAAAAACCACCUCUACUGAUGAUGAAGGUUCAAUGGGGCACGACCAGGGUCUGCCUCUUCCACCCCAAGAUGAUACUCCACACCUUGAAAACAAAGAGAAUGCACAAGAAUGUGGCUAUGAUGUGGAAUCAGAUGAUGAAGCAGUGAAGAGCUAUAAGGAUGAAAAGGAGGAAGAGGAGGAGGAGGAGGAAGAGAACGAAGAGGAAGAAGGGGAGAAAUGGUUUGAACACAAAAGAUGUAGUUUUAAUCGGUUGUUGAAAUUUCUGCUUUUAACAACACUUGUGCUCUUAUCUCCCUUGUUUGUAUCUUGGAUGGAUGAUCCUCCAUCUUCACCACCAGCUGAAACGGUUAUGAAUGGCUUCUCUGAAAUUUAUCAUGGAUUUGGAGUUCUUCCUUUUAAUGUGAAUGGAAGUGUCAGUGAACAUCUUAAUGAAAUUGAACUGUCACCAAGCAUUAAUCUUUGGAAAUUGGAUGAUACAAAAGAGAUUGGUAUGUUCUCUGAUGUUGCAGAAGUACAAUUGCUUGAGGAUGAAAAUGAUAUCUUUACGGGAAAUAACAAUAGGACCAGUGAAGAAUGUUGUGUUCAAGAACUGGAGAAAGAAACCACAGGAACAGAUGAAAAUGAAGCUUUUGAUCAAUUCUCUGUAGCAGUAGAAUCUAUAGAAAACAACAUAGUUGAUCCUGUUGAUGAAAUGGAAGAGGGUGGUUCUGAUCCACUAAAACAGUAUGAAGUUGGGGAAAUGACUCCUGAGUGGCUUUCAGAAAAUGACAACCCUUCUGGUGUAAUUCAAGAAUCUGUUGUGGUAGAGCCGACAGCUUCAAAAGAAAGCAUCACUGAAGGAUUUCUGGAGGAGACUGAAAUAGAAACAAAUGAUGAAGAUACUGUUCCAAGUAGUAUAUUGUCUGAACAAUAUACCAAGGAAUCUGCUGAUGUUGCUAUGAACAACAACAUACUCCAACAGAUUCAACAACUCACCCCAGCAGCUGCUUAUAUCGCCACUCUCUCCCUCCUGAUUCUUGCAUAUGCAUAUUCUGCAAGGCACCCAAGAAUUCCUCCUCCUGAAAAACAAUCAAAGCCUGUACUUGAACCAGAGACUCCGAAUGUUGAUGAGAAAAUUGAAACCACUGCAAAAGCUUCACCAUUGAUCGGUCCUCCUGUUGAAGAAUACCAUAGGUACUCCAACUUGCUCCCCUCUCCUGAGUGCAUCUCAUCAUAUAGAGUGGAAAUGGAGGACAACCCAGAAACCAAUCAGCUUUGGGGCGUAAGUAGAGAAGACUCAUCUUUUUCGCUUCUGCCCUUGAAAGACUCAAGGCAAGAGUUUAGUGGCAGUGGCUACACAAAAUCUGUAGAGGUGGUUGAGCUUCUUGGAGAGCUCGUGAUUGGAGGAGAAGAAGUCAGCAGCAGCUCUUUAAUGAAGAAAAGCAAACUGCUUUCUGAAACUGAAGAGAGUAGCUAUUCCAUUUCUCACUUCAGUGAUGGAUCGCCAAUGAAACUUCAUCAUCAUCCAAUGGAGACUCCAAUAUCUGAUUCCUCCUCAUAUGAAAGAUAUUCCACUGAUAGGAAACUACCUCCCAAGAAGAAAGAGGGGAGCAAAGAUGGAGAGUCCACCAAGAAGGCGACGAUCACAACUACUCCAGUCAGGCGUUCCACCAGACUCAGAAACAGAGGAGCCAUGUCUUCCAUGUCUUCUCCAUAAAGAUCUACCCUAAUCUAAUUUCAGCAUAUUGAUUACUCUAGAAAGCAGUAGCAGCUUGUGCUGUUUUCAUAGGCUAUAGUAGUUGUCUUUCUUUUAAAUUGUUGAUAAAUGUAAUAUUGGAUGAUUCUCUAGUUAUGUAUUUUUCUGUUUCCCCACUUCUGCUUCU